AUGAAUAUGUAUUUGUCUUUGUCAACAACUAGGCUAGGGUUCCCAGUGGGCACUCCCCUCCUCAAAAUCAAAGGAGUACAAACAAGACUUGAUUCCUCUAUAAACUCCGUUUGUCACUUGCGAUUUACGAGCGGGAAACGGCGGCCAUAGCAAUACUUGCUAGUCGUUUUCUUUCCCCCUUUCUUUCCGUUUCGCGUUUUGGAUUAGACCCUCUCUCUCUCUCUCUCCCUCUCUCUCCCAUUCUCUCUCUCUCUCUCUCUCUCUCUGUGUCGUUCACUGCUUUAUCUUAAAGGCAAAGCGAAAACCGUUCUCUCUCUGAGACUGAGAAUCGGAUCCUGUGGUUGGUAUUUUGAAUUUCUCCGCGAGAUGGACGAGACCUUGCUCGACGAUAUCAUCCGGAGGCUUGUUUCGGCGAAGAACGGUAGAACCACAAAGCAGGUGCAGCUUACGGAGUCCGAAAUCAAACAGCUCUGUGCUUCCUCCAAAGAGAUCUUUCUCAGUCAGCCCAAUCUUCUCGAGCUCGAAGCUCCUAUCAAGAUUUGUGGAGAUGUUCAUGGCCAGUUUUCAGAUCUUUUAAGGUUGUUUGAAUAUGGAGGAUACCCACCUGAAGCUAAUUAUUUAUUUCUUGGUGAUUAUGUUGAUCGUGGUAAGCAGAGCAUAGAGACAAUAUGCCUACUCCUUGCGUACAAGAUCAAAUACAAGGAGAACUUCUUUCUUCUCAGGGGCAACCAUGAAUGUGCCUCCAUCAAUCGUAUAUAUGGUUUCUAUGAUGAGUGCAAGAGGAGGUUUAAUGUUCGGCUCUGGAAGACAUUUACCGAUUGCUUUAAUUGUCUACCAGUGGCUGCUCUGAUAGAUGAGAAGAUCCUUUGCAUGCAUGGUGGACUGUCUCCUGAUCUUAAAAACUUGGAUCAGAUAAGGAAUAUAGCUCGCCCUAUCGAUGUGCCAGAUCAUGGCCUUCUCUGUGACCUGCUAUGGUCUGAUCCUGAUAAAGAUCUUGAUGGGUGGGGAGAAAAUGACCGAGGAGUGUCAUUUACAUUUGGGGCUGACAAGGUUGUUGAAUUUCUUGAACAACAUGAUCUCGAUCUGAUUUGCAGAGCUCAUCAGGUCGUAGAAGAUGGAUAUGAGUUUUUCGCAAAGCGUCAGCUGGUGACAAUAUUCUCUGCACCAAAUUACUGUGGCGAAUUUGAUAAUGCUGGUGCUAUGAUGAGUGUGGAUGACACCUUGACAUGCUCUUUCCAGAUACUUAAAUCUUCUGAUAAGAAAGGCAAAGUUGGAUUUGGCAGCAACACAUCUAGACCGGGAACUCCACCCCAUAAGGGUGGGAAGGUUUAAUUAACAUACCCGACCUAUAUAACUAUGUGGUCUGUGAGCUGGAUGGAGGCUUUCAUUCUCAUUCUCCAUAUUAGGUCAAAGGCUUAUCAUUCUGCUGCCUGGCAUGUUUCUCAAGAUAUAAUGCCAUGGCGCUUUCAUUGGCAACGAUUACUAAAGACAGUGUAACAAGGGACAAGGCACUUUUUAUCGUGCGACUUCGAUUGACCCCCUUCCCCUUGUUUUUUACUUUCUUCUUUCUAAUAGUUUUUUUUUUUUUUUUUUUUUUUUUCUUUUCUCCUUUUUUUUCUUAAUGAACAAUGGAAAUUUAAACUUAUCAAGGGGAAAUCCUGAAUUUCUAUU